AUGACUUCCAUGAAUUCGGGACACAUCGCCACAAAUAGCUCUGAAUCUUCUGUUUCACCAGCAAAUGACUCUUGCAAGACUGACGAUGACAUUGAAUCGAUAAGGCCAAUAUGCGCUGGUAUUCCUUUUCAGACCGCUAAAAUACUGGAAAUUUCGUUGCGGAGUGGUAUUCCCGAUGAUUUCCCACUUCCCUUAUCUUCACGCAGUUCGGCGAAGGAUGAUGAGAUUAAUUUUCUUGUAAUGCAUCAUACCUUACUGGGGGAUUUGAAAAGGAGAAGGAGGCAUGUCACCUUCGGUCUAGUCGACCUCUACCACUUUGAUCGCUUACAGGGAUUUGCCUGUGUCCCUAGUCAGGGUGGAUCUACUUUAGGAAUGGCGAGUGAGCACUGGAGCAAAGAACAGGUCUCUGUUAUUGAACACCAAAGUCGACGAAAGUAUCAACGUUAUUCGGCCCUUUUGCGGUUCUGUCUUGAGGGUAAACUUCUUCUAUCCUUUCAACAAUUCCGGAUGCUUGAAUCUCGCGUCAAAUGCCAGCAGCGAUUGUUAACGCGAAAAAAUGAGGCUGGACAAUGCAGCAAUAUUUUAAGAAACGUUGAUAGCAGGUGUUUGAAACGACCCGUGGGAUCCAUCGAAAACCCUAGUGACGAUGAUUUGAGCUUUUUAGAUAGUCUGGAAGAGUAUUAUUUUUUGCAACCUCUCUCCGUUAAACGGCGUCGUGUCCUAUUGCGGAAGGCUGGCCUCCAUAAGAUUGACCCUGCGGAGAAGCACGAAUGUGAAGCCAUCCGGAAGAGCCGUUCCAAAUGUGGCUGUACCUGUCCCACUGGGAUGUGCGACCCGCGGACCUGCGAGUGCGCUCUCAACGGCAUUCCGUGCCAAGUUGAUCGAGCCAGAUUCCCUUGUGCCUGCCUCAGCCCCAGCCACUGUUCCAACCCCGAGGGCCGCAUCGAGUUUAAUCCCGUGCGUGUGCGCACCCACUACCUCCACACGCGUAUGCGUUUAGAGUCCGAGGAGCGGGAAGCUGCUACCGCCACCAAUGCCUCUGUUCCCACUAAACGGUCUCGCCUCCUCGAGGUCGCCGUCCCUCCCAAAUCGAGGGAUGCUUGUGCUGCACAGUUUUUUGGAGAGGAUGUUGGAGAAUGUCAAGUUUUACCGUCGUCAUCCCAUGUCCUAAAAUUGGGUACUUCUAGAAGUGUAGAGGAGGCACUCAAUGCAACGGCUUCCAACGGCGGAUGUCAAGAUUGUCAGAAUGACCGGUAUGUGCACCUUCUAGUGCAGGAACUGCAGUGUCAGCAGAGGCUGCAGAACGGCUUCGAGACUGAGGAAGAGGAAGAGGAGGGGGAAGGGGAGGGAACAGUUGAGUCAAGCCAGAGGAUGCUCUCGGACAAUCUUACUGUCAACUCCGCCUCCUUUCCUCACGAUACAGGGAACGUGGAAGCUGUUUGUGGCGAGGGUAGCUUCAUUCAGUCAAGCCCUCGAAUGAGUCAGAUUGCUGAGCAAUUAAACACGGUUCUUCUGAAUACUGUUUCUUGUGACGAUGUCGGAGAGGAUAACGAAGACGACGACGAAGAGGAUGAUGAUGAAGAGGAUGAUGGUGAUGACUGUGACAGUGUUGUUCUUCCAGAUCAGUGUAGCACCAGCGAAUUGGGCCGUGCUGCGCUCCGGCCCCCACUUGUUGAACCAUUGACCAGCGGGAUGAGCGAUGCGAACUCAUUGAAAGAGACUACUUCGUCACCGUCGUUUUGUCGAUUGGAUCCGAUAGCUUCUCUGUUCCGAGGCCCCCACGAGAUAACUGGUACGGGUCCCGAAGUGGGGAGGGAGGAGGGGACUAAUGCAUCAUCCAUCUCUUCCCGUCGUCCACCUUCGGUCUGUGAGGUGGAGGAAGGGGAACGGGCUCAGCCGGAAACACUUUACGACAAUUGA